ACCCUGAAGGAGCAUCUGGACGAGAGCAGACGCAUCUGAAGGGAUGAGCUCCGGCAUGGCUGGCGCCAACACGGAGCAACCCGCUGGCACAAGGCGGAACAGGACGAGCGAGGCCGGCCCCGCAGCGAGGCGUGCCUCCAGAGCGACAGACACCAACACCGAAGAGCGAGUUGCCGUCUGGGAUGCGGUGGCCGCCUACGUACAGGAGCACCUCCUGGUGCAGAAGGGGGUCUGGAUUCCCACCUUCGGCUCAUUUGACACCAUCUCUAAAGACAUCAGGACUGCGGACGGGACCGUGACUCUGCGGUGGCCCGUGUUUCAGCUGGCCAGGAACCUCAGAGCCAUGCACCACCUCGGGUCCGACAAGGACUCCCUGCCAGCCCAUAGGGAGGUGGAGACCCUGAAAUACAGCGAGGUGGCUGCCGCUGCCUCUGUGACCUGGCAGAGAGGGAAGACCUGCAUCCAAAGCACCGUGUCCCUCCUCUCCAACUGCCUCAAGAAUGGGGAGAACGUUGCCUUUGUCCUGAAAGACAUAGGAGUGCUCCUCUUUGAAGGCAUGAGCUUUGGAAUUAAAUACUAUUACGACUUCCUUGAGAAGCUCUCCGGGAAGGAGAAAUUCAGAAAAGUUGUUUUCAAGGCCCCCUGGCUGCUGGACACGCUGGUGUCCCGGGUGGCACCGGUGGCCUCCCUGACGCACUCUGGCCGCCUCGUCGUCUUCCCCAUGUUUCAGAAGCAGGUUGCACCCAAACCACCGCCCAGGAUAUUCCGCAAGGCCUCCGGAGAUCUCCAUGGUGAGGGGAAGCAAAAGAAAGAAGGGGCUUUGCCACCUCUUGUCCAGGGCAAGAAAGUGAGGUUUGCUGAAGUGCCAACGUACAUCAGACGCUUCAGCGUUGCAAGUACUGCUGGACAAAGCUCAAGAAGCAGAAGAAGCUUACAGCAGGAGAGCUUUUCGUCCAGUCCGCUGCCAGCGAUCCUGAGAACGUCUGAAGCCCGCGAGCAGCCGGUGACCUGGCAGCCGCAGGGCCAGGCAGGAAACGAAGGCCAAGAACACCUGGGCCAAACAACGGGAAAAAAACAUGUCCGGUUCCGCGGAGAUGAACAAGGAGCGGGAGAGGACCGUGAGGCUGGAGCGGCGGCCAUGUGGAAAGCAAAGGCCUCGCACCUCUCAGGUUGCCGGGAGGCAGGUGGCAUCUCGCAUCAAAGACAGGAGAUGUUCAUUAAGAGCUGA